AUGGCUCCGACCGUGAUUAACGUGCAGGGGAAAGCAAAGCUGUACCGCGUCGCGGAGCGCGCUAAACUCGACAUUGAAAUAUCAUCAUCGGAAUACGAACAGUCCACAGCAUCCGCCAACGUCGUCACGACGGUCAGCAGCCUACAAAACCAGCUCGACGAGAUCUGCACACGGGCUGACAACGGGGAGAUCUCGCCCUCAGCGCCCGUGAGCUUCUACUCGAUCGGCUCACUGACGACAAGCAGCGACGACGAAUACGACGAAGAUCACAACAAGACCGGCAAGCGGCUCUACAAAGCGACUAGCAGCGUCGACAUCCGGUUCCGGGACUUCGCGAAGCUAGGCGAGAUGGUCGUCGCGUUUUCGACCGUGCCCUUCGUCAGCCUCCAGGGGAUAGAGUGGAAACUGACCGAGGAGAAGCAGGCCGCGCUCGAGGAGCAGGCGAAGCUCGACGCCCUCCGCCAUGCGUUCAAGCGCGCCACGGGCUAUGCGGAUGUGAUUGGGAGGAGGAACGUCACGCCCGUCAAGAUCGACGAUACCCACUACAUGUUCGCCGAGGGUCGGGUCAUGCAAACCGCCCGCAAGGUCUCUUCGAAUGCGAGCUAUGGCAUCGGUGUGGGCCUGGACUUCGAACCGCAGCAGGUCGAGGUCAACGCCACCCUCGAGGUCGAGUUUCACGCUGAGUGA